AUAGUGAGAACAUCUGCACAAAACGAUGCGAAUUUUGGUCGUCUGUUUAGUGGCACUGACCAUCGCCACAGCGCGGUCAUCGGUGAUCAGGCCUUCAUCCGAGAAAAUCGUCGGAGGUCAAUUCGCCGAACGUCAUCAGUUUCCCUAUCAGAUUGCGUUGUUCUUUCAAGGCCGUUUCCGAUGCGGAGGAUCCAUCAUAGAUCGCAAGUGGGUCUUGACGGCCGCCCAUUGCGUCUUGGAUGGAACGACUUCGCUUCCAGCAGCCGAUAUGACUGUGUACGCAGGAUCUGCUAGCCUCGAAGAAGGAGGUCAGAUGUUCAAAGUGUUGAAGGCCUUUCCACACGAAAAGUAUGAAGACAGCAAAAACGACAUAGCUUUGCUCUUGCUGAAUGACGAAUUCAUAUUUGAUGACACCGUGCAAAAGAUCGACAUGUUCAGUGGAGAGCUACAGCACGGGGACGAGGUUGUUAUCUCCGGUUACGGACGCACAGGAACGGAACUUCCCGCUUCUAAUCAGUUGAAAUUCAACACAAUGCUCGUACAGGAUGACGAAGUGUGUGAAUUCCUGAUGGCCAGCACGGGACCUGGAUUGAUUUGUUUGAACAACGAGGCCAAUAACGGUGCCUGCAUGGGCGACUCAGGCGGUCCGGCGGCGUUUGAAGGCCAACUGGUUGGAGUGGCCAACUUUGUGCUGAACGAAUGCGGAACCGUCUACCCGGACGGAUACGCCAAGGUUGCCUUCUACCGAGACUGGAUCGAUACCGUAAUGAAGCAGUAAAGAUACCGGAAGCGCAAAUAUAACGUUUAUCUGUGUCUCUUUUAUGGGGCUUCUCCCGUUGUCGGCAGCGCUUGAAAAUAGCUGACAAUAAAGUGUUAGUACGCUGCAACAAGUGGCGCGACUGUAAUGAAAUUCUAAUUAAAAUUAUAUACCGCCCUACUCCGAGAUCCGGUUGCUGCUAAGAGAAACUGUCUUUUGAUUGUUUCGGUGAAUAGCUUUGUAAUCAAAAUGUUCUACACUUCUUGCAAAAACAAA